AUGCUGGCGAAACUCCGUUUCUUUUUUUUCUUCUUUUUCGUCGACGGUGUUUUGGGUUGUCUGCCAGACGCUGGAAAAGUCUACACAAGCCCAUCUUUCUCCUUUGAUGUACAGCCUCCACUUCGAUGGUCCUUUGGUGAUGCUGCAGUUACAGGACCCGCUUUUCCUGGUCAACCAAGAUCCAAGGAGGAUGCUCAAGCGAAUUUCAAAGAUGAUCUGGAGUUGGCGGUGAUGAGAGCGUUGAAUGCCGAGAAAAUCCCGCCAGCUUACGCGUCAAGCUGCAAUGGCAUUCUCUCCAAGGAUAACAAGACGAUCAUUGGCAUUUGUACAAAUCCUCCAUCCCCACCAGCUUAUUCUGUGCAGGGAACUCUUGGGGUUAAAAGCACAACCGGACUUUCCGAAAGCACAUGGAAAACGUUGGCAGCUAAUGUGCAAAAGGAGCUCGCGAAAAUGGGCGCGAUUUUCGUCAAACCGAUCACUGUCAAAAUU